GGAUAUAACACAUGGAAGAGCGGCACUGCGUCGAAGUUCUGUCAGGUGUCGGCGAAAAUGAGCGUUUGGACUUUAAAGGCCAGGGCUCCCUUUGGAUCUAAUUCAAGAUCUCCUCAACCCUCAAAAGAUGCUGAUGUUAUCUUCUUCACAAAAUACUGCAUCCCAAGCUGCAGCUUACAAUAGUCUGGAUGAGGUCUUUAUAGUCUAAUGGUAUGGUGAUCUACUUUUGGCAAAAAUCAACCUGAACAUUAUGGUUUAAUGCUGCUGUAAGCGCACAACAAUGGCAUUUAUGGUUGCCAGAGGGAAUCGAGGUGACCAGGCAUUGGUCCUAAAGGGUGUGGACCCUGAAACAUGCAUGAUUGUUUUCAAGAACCACUGGGCACAGGUGGUGAAAAUUCUAGAAAAGCACGACCCCUUACGAAGUAAUGUGGGCCUCCUGGGCGGAAGUCACAUUCUCAGUGUCAGCGGAGGACUGGGUGCCCUCCGUUUCGGCCAAAUCCCUGGAGAUGAGGCCAGCACGGUGCAAAACUACGUAGAGCACAUGCUCUACCUCCUCAUGGAAGAGGAUUGUGGUGAAAGUGGAGCCAUGGGUCCCAUCCUGGAGUUUGUGGUGAUGGAGAACGUGUUGGAGAGGCUGUUUGUCUGGAGCCUGAGGAGAGAGUUCACGGACGAAAUGAAACUAGAGCAGCUGAAGAUGUACGAGAUGCUGAUUGGACAAGCCAGGCAGCCUUUACUUCAUCAUAAACCCGUGCUCAAGCCCCUGAUGAUGCUUCUGUCGUCUUGCUCCGGCUCCCCGUCACGGCCGAGUUCCGCUGUUGUGGAUGCAGAACUGGUGCUUCUACUGAACCAGCUGUGCUCUGUCCUCACUAAAGAUCCAUCUAUCCUGGAACUGUUUUUCCAUACAAGCGAGGACCAGGGAGCUGCUAAUUUCCUCAUUUUUUCCCUACUCAUCCCAUUCAUACACAGGGAGGGGUCAGUCGGGCAGCAGGCCAGGGAUGCACUGCUUCUUAUCAUGGCACUUUCUGCUGAGAAUCACGUUGUGGCCAAACACAUCGCAGAAAACACUUAUUUCUGUCCGGUUUUGGCUACAGGUUUGAGUGGACUCUACUCCUCUUUGCCCACUAAGUUGGAUGUGCCCAAUGAGGAAUGGCACUGUCUGCAUCAUGAAGACUGGCAGCAGCUGCCUGCUCUUGUGCAGUUCCUUAACUCUUUGGAGUUUUGCAACGCUGUCAUACAGGUGGCUCAUCAUUCUAUCAGAGACCAGCUGGUGGGUUAUAUUCAUAAUGGAUUUCUGGUACCUGUUUUAGCACCAGCCUUACACAAGGUAACACUUGAAGAGGUGAUGACCACCACUGCUUACCUGGACCUGUUCAUACGAAGUGUGACUGAACCCGCCUUGCUGCACACUUUCCUCAGCUUCAUCCUCCUCCAUCGCCAUGACAACGUGUACAUUUUGGACACGCUAGUUAGCCGCAUCAAUACUCCAUUUCAGCUUGGCACAGUGUCUCUGGCUCUGUUCCGCACUCUCAUUGGCUUAUAUUGUGAGGAUGUCAUGCUCCAGUUGAUUUUCAAGUACUUGAUCCCCUGUAAUCAUAUGAUGUUAAGCCAACGCAGAGUCUUGAGAGAGACAGACUGUUACUCGGUGUCAGCCGCUAAGUUCCUCGCCCUCACACCAUCCUGCUGUUCUCCUGAGAUCAUCCCCCCUCUGCUCAGACAGUUGGACUCCAUCCUCUGGUCAAAAGGCAUUGAUGGCUCCCAUACAGGAACUAAAGAAUCAGAAGAGGUCCUCCCAGAGGAAGAUGAUUGUGUCAUUGGCUCAGAGAUUCACCUGGAUGUCAGUUACCUUCACUACUUAUGUGAUGCUGAAAACAGCAUUAAAAACUGCACGCAAGCAUGCCGCGUGUGGUCGGCACCUUAUGAUGGAGAGAACCCCCCUCCAGAAGAAUACCAGCCCAGUACUCUGGAGGAGGCGGGUAGGACUCAUCCGCAGAUAACCAGCAGAACAACAAAGCCCCAAAAGCAUGUGCAUCAGUCUGGUCCACCUGUCAAGGAUAAUACAGCUGCACCUGGAUUAUUGGAGCUAGAGUGGGAUGAUAGUUAUGAUGCUUGUCCACCGGAACCACAGCUAGAGGACGAACAGGACACUCGUCACAUCCCGGACGAGCCCCCACAACAUAUCCAAGAACUGCGGAGAACUGCUAUUAUGAUUGUGAAGGGAUCUUAUAUAGAGGAAUCUGAGUUUCAAAAUGAUGUUAUGGUCUACGAUUUGAUUGCUCAAAAGGAUGCCCAUGACUCUGGUAACACUCAUAAUGCUCCAUCCAAACAUGCUGAAUCAACUAAGUCAGGAGGACCAUCUGAUCAAAAAACGGAAUGUGACUUAUUAAAGAAAGAAUCUUCAAUGAGCAAUGGUGAUCAUAAAGACUAUGCAAAAUUGGAGGGGAAACCUGGACAAUUGAACCCCAAGUCAGCAGCCCCAGAAGGGGAGGACCUUAUGGCACAGUAUGAGGAGCUGAUCAGGAGUCUGGAUGCACCGUCCAGUAGUCCUGUAAAAACAAACAUUGAACUCAGGAGUCCUACAGAACUCAUGGAAGAGGAGGUAGAGUUUACCAGUUUCUUACCAGAGACACCAGAAUUGGAAAAGAUGCCGUUGUCUCCUUUUGGGACAAAACCCCGCAGUGGGAGCAGAAGUCAAGCUGUUCCCUUUACAGGUCCAUUUGUGAGUGUGCUGCUUUCUCGUCUAGAAAACAUGCUGAACAACGGUCUACACGUGAACCUGCUUCUGACUGGCAUCCUGGCACAGUUAGCUGCUUACCCUCAGCCCUUGCUGCGCUCCUUUCUCCUCAACACUAACAUGGUGUUUCAGCCCAGUGUCCGAUCACUAUACCAGGUACUGGCCUCGCUGAAGAAUCAGAUAGAGCAAAUGUCUGCGACCCGUAAAGACUUUCCUGAGCUCCUGACUUCUGCUCAGCACUGCCUGUUGGCCAGAGAGAGCUCUCUCAGAGAUCAGAACUCUCAAAGUCCAAAGAUUGGCGAUGGGCAUCACGGUUCUGAAGCAGACAAAACCAAGCAGAAGAACCCGGCUAUCCAACUCAAAAGUGUGGUUCCCUUAAACAGAACGGAAGUAUAUGCCACAGUUCUUUUCACAGAGUUUCUUAAGGAACUGGCCGCCCUUGCACAAGAACAUUCUAUCCCAUCUCAACCUCCCAUGGAUGAACAGGAUUCCACUUUGACUUGAUCCUUAUUUCCAAAGAUUUUUUAGAGACUUUUAGUGAAAGCAAUAUCAUGUCAAUAAGAUACCUUUAAAUUAGUGGAAACACAUUUUACUGAUUUUUAGACGUUCUCGAUAGGGGAUUUCUUGCCAUCAUAGGGGUUUUUUUGUCAAACAGGAGUUUCAGGACCUUUAACAAUCCAGGUUAUCCAUCAUCAAACUAUUUUCAAUCAAUGUCUCCUGUCGGAAAACAGUCACUCGUUUUGCCUUUAUUCCAUAUCUGUGUCUUAAAUGACAAAGUGCUGGUCAGUAUCAGCUCAGACCAAAGAAUGAUGGCUGAUGAGCAUCACGAGAUGAAGACAUCAUGGAAAGCACAUAAUGCAAUGUAUGGAAUGCAAUGUUUAUAAUUACACUGAUAUGAACGCUAUGCAAACUUCAGUCUAUUUUGUAGGUUUGGUUCAGUAAUGUUAUGGCCUUAUAGUAAUUGUGCCUAUUUCUCAGAAGUCCUUAAACGUCUUAACACUGUCUUUAUGGUUUUAUAAACAAGGUUUGCAAAUUCUGUGUGGUCACGUUAUAUAUGUUUUACAAAACUGACUUUUGUUAGCAUGGUUGAUCACUUAUAUCAGUUUAACUUCCUUUAAGAUUUUUAUAUUGUCUAAGCAGCACAUACUGCAAGUUGUUAAUAUGUUCUCACUCAGUUGUUAAUAAGGGGUAGGGGUCUUUAUUUAUUGGGUUAAGGUAUUAAACAGUUUUGGAGGGGGAGAGAUUUUUUUCACAAAACAUAGUUUGAAACAUUUGCGUUUUGUUCGGUUGAAAGCAUGGUAUUAGAAAGAGGAUACACUUUUUUUUUUUUGAUGCCGUUCACUUAUUUUAAACAAUUCAUUCUGAUCACGAUUGAUGCUUUCUGUUUCAAACAUAGUUGCAUCAUUUUAAACUGAAUUGAAAUUGUAACUUUGGCUUAACUUGAUGUUUUAAUUUUAAAAGAACAUGAUUCAGUCAAAUAUUCAAAACAAUACAUUUUGCUUCUCAUCUAGUUUUCAACAAACUAAGAUUGUUUUAUUUGAAAAUCGUGUUGGGUUUACAUGAUUCGACUUGUAUCUACAUGAAGUAUUUGUUUUUAUCAUGCUAAGUAAAUGUGUAGGGUGUAUUUGUAUUAGUGUAUUUAAAGAAGCAGAAAGAUUGAUUUUUUUUUAAAUUUAGGAACGCAAUUGCUAUGCAGUAACACAUUUGUUUUACUUAUAGGUGAUCAUACAUAAUGUUUAUGAUGAAGAAUUUCUACAGUUUUAGUUUAUCAUAGGUUUAAGUUUUAAACAUCUCAAAUGCACAACAAAAAGUGGCCUUUGCUCUUAAAGAUGUUGCUUUAAUUUUAUAAAAUUAUUAUAUAGUCUCCAGAUGUAAGUAUUUAUAAAAAAAUGCUUGCAUAGCUAAUGCACUACAAAAACAAAUGUAUAUUUUGUACGUGCAAUUCUGUGCAUUUUUAUUGGUGUCCAUGCCACUUUGAUAAACAAAUUACUUAAGCUAUGACAAAUGGGGUGAAAUACCUAAUGUUACAGUAAUAUUACUGUGGUAAAACCUGAUCAGAUUUUAAUUUAAUUGUAUAAUGAAGAUACCUGUUGCCUUCAUAUUGAUCUGUACUAAUUAUGUGAUUCAUACACAUUUUAUUUUUUAUUUAUUUACUAAUUAUAAGACCACACUAUCACGUCAAUCCAGAGAAAUAAAUUAUAUGCAUUUUAAAUGUUUUAUGUGUGUGAUCUUUUUAAAAUGCAAAAAUGUGCAAUUAAACACUAUUGAAAUUUUAAAUGUAUGCACUAUAAUUAGCAAAAAAGAAUAAUAUUAAGAAAUGUCACCAGCUUAUCUGUGUCUGCCUUUGUUUUCUCUUCAGACAGGGAACUGUGUCCUGCUGUGUUGAAUUGUUAGGAGCACACAAAGUCAUGACAUCUUUAGACUUCCAAGUAAUUUGUCAAUAACACUGCCAGUCUUAAGCCAGAGAUAUAGCCAAAUGACUUGCUUACAAAGUGUGUGCUAAAUAUAUUAUGUGGGUUUUAUAGACAAAAUGUAUUCAGAUUAGGGGCAUCCCAAAAAAUACUGUAUUUGCUUUGGUAAACUGUUGUUGUAUACUGUAAUAUAUUAUAGUUUGUUACGUGUAGUAAACAGACUGUAAUGAAUGCCAUAGUGUACUUCAGUAU